AUGGAUCUCUUUACUCAGCAUGAAGACUAUCAGGAUAAUGGUUUGGUGUCCAAUGUGAUUCCUUCAUUGGUUACAGAGGAAGAAAAUUGUGCUCUUACUUCAGUUCCUUUAUCUGAGGAGAUUUGGGCUGUGGUUAAGUCUAUGGAUCUAGAUAGCGCCCCAGGUCCCGAUGGCUUUAGUGGUCAGUUCUUUGUAUCAUGUUGGGAGAUUGUUGGUGCGGAUGUGAUAAUGCGGUACAACAUUUCUUUACUACUGGACGAUCUUUCAGACAUGGUUUCGAGUUUUAUUAGUAAUGGUUCAUGGGAUUUGCCUCAGCUUCUACACUUCUAUUUUCCAUCCUUGUGUGAUUGGAUUAGUCAAGUUCCAAUUGCCGCAGAUCCUUCAGCAGAAGACAAACUUAUUUGGACUGCUUCCUCUUCUGGUGAGUUAACUGCAAAGCAUGCUUACAUAUUUUUGCGGCAGCCUUCUCCUUCAGUAGCAUGGGGCAAAUCAUUAUGGUCUAAAUUUAUCUUGCCUCGAAUGUCUCUGCUAGCUUGGAAGGUUUUAAGAGGUAGAGUGAUUUCUGAUGAUUUUUUACAACGAAGGGGAGUAGCUUUGGUCUCUCGUUGUGAUCUUUGUGGUAUCGAUUCUGAAUCUCUUGAUCACAUUUUUCUUAAUUGCUCUUUUACGGCUGCAAUAUGGAGUCAUUUUACUUCUCUCUUUGAGUUGGGUGGAGUUCCUCCCUCAAUUUUGGAGGGUUUACAAGUGGGUAUGGCUGUAGGACGAAGUGGACAGCUCAAAGACUUAUGGUUGAUUUGUUUCACUUCAAUAUUGUGGUUUGUAUGGAAUGCUAGAAACAAAAUGAGACAUGAGGGGAAGGUGUUUUCAGUUGGUACUAUUUGUAGGCUUGUCUCUUGUCAUAUUCAAGCAGCUAGUCGUUUGGCAACAGGUACCAUGCACAAUUCCAUCCAAGAUCUACGCAUUUUGAAAUAG